AUGUCCACAGAGACUACAAAACCGCCUCUCACUACUACUACUUCUUCUACUGCUGCUGCUGCAGCAGCAGCAGCAGCAGUGGGUGCCGCCGUGCUGAACUCCCCCAACGUUCUUAAAAGAAAGAAGGGCGAAGACACCAACGAGGAGCAACUCGAGGCAGAGAUCAAACGGGUGGCCCUCGACGAUGCGGAGGACCACUCAGACGCCGAUAACGUCCCCUUCCACGUGCAUUUGCGGAUGCUCUGCCUCGUGAAACACGCCUCGCUGAUAGUGGGCCACAAAGGUGCCACGAUCUCCAAGAUAAAAACAGAAACCUCCGCCAGAAUAAACGUCUCGAACAAUAUCAGGGGCGUCCCAGAAAGAAUCGUCUACGUAAGAGGUACCUGCGAUGACGUGGCCAAGGCCUACGGCAUGAUAGUGAGGGCGCUGCUUGAAGAGCAGGAGCGCGAAGACGGAGACAGAGACGGAGACGAGGAUGAGGACGAGGACGUCGAGGUCUCCGUCAACCUGUUGAUACCUCACCAUCUGAUGGGCUGCAUCAUCGGGAAGCGUGGGUCCCGCCUAAGGGAAAUCGAGGACUUGAGCGCUGCCAAGCUGUUCGCGUCCCCGAACCAGCUGCUGCUGUCCAACGACCGGAUCCUGACCAUCAACGGUGUGCCCGAUGCCAUCCAUAUCGCCACCUUCUACGUGGGGCAAACACUGUUGAACUUCCAGAUGGAGUCUCCACAAAAGAAACUGAAACGAUCCAUUUUCUACCAGCCCACCCAGUUCAACUCUGUGUUGGUAGACCAUAGCCACCCGAAUGCCGUUCUCCACCAGAGGAAUCACCAGUACCACCCAAACGAUAAACCGCUUUCCAGCAGACCGAACAGAAGGAUCUCCGUAUCGUCAACCCUGCUGAGCACGGGCCCUCCACAGUAUACCACUGCCAGCGCAGCAAACGCCACGGCAUUCCAACCGAACUUCGUCAUCCCUAACGUAAGGAUCCUGGACGGCCCCGUCAUCAACCCAGGCCCGAACAAUCAUCUGUCAAUGAGCCUUGUACAGCAAGAAAUCUUCAUAGACGAGUCUUUCGUCGGGAACGUCAUCGGCAAAGACGGCAAGCACAUAAACUCGGUCAAGGAGUCCACGGGCUGCUCGAUCAUCAUACAGGACCCGGUGGAAGGCUCCCCCGAGAGAAGACUGUCCAUAAGGGGUACCUUCAUGGCUUCCCAAGCUGCUAUUAUGCUAAUCAGCAACAAGAUUGAAAUUGAUAGAUUAAACGCUGAACGCAAAAGAAGAACGCCCCUCUAA